CUUUUAUUUAUUAGAAAAAGUUUCUCCCAAAGGAACAUAAAUAUCUCUCUCGUCUAUUUUUUUUUAUUUUUCUGAGAAAAAUAUCUCUCUAGUCUUGGCGUUGUUCUCUCGCGUAGUUUCUUCUUCAGGUGUUAAAAUGGGAGACAAUCACGACGACGACAAGAACAUUGAGAUAUGGAAGAUUAAGAAGCUGAUCAAAUCCCUUGAAGCCGCUAGGGGAAAUGGAACUAGCAUGAUCUCACUCAUCAUGCCUCCACGUGAUCAGGUCUCUCGUGUUACCAAGAUGUUGGGUGAUGAGUAUGGAACCGCAUCAAACAUCAAGAGCAGAGUCAAUCGCCAGUCUGUUUUGGGGGCCAUAACUUCUGCGCAGCAAAGGUUGAAACUUUACAACAGGGUCCCUCCCAAUGGCCUCGUGCUCUAUACUGGCACCAUUGUCACCGACGAAGGCAAGGAGAAGAAGGUCACGAUUGACUUUGAGCCUUUUCGACCGAUAAACAACACUCUCUACCUUUGUGACAACAAGUUUCACACUGAAGCUCUGAAUGAAUUGCUGGAAUCGGAUGAUAAGUUUGGUUUUAUUGUAAUGGACGGUAACGGGACUCUCUUUGGAACUCUGAGCGGUAAUACCCGAGAGGUGCUUCACAAGUUCUCUGUUGAUCUUCCGAAGAAACACGGAAGAGGAGGACAAUCAGCUCUUCGGUUUGCUCGUCUCCGUAUGGAGAAGCGUCACAAUUACGUGAGGAAAACCGCUGAGCUCGCCACGCAGUAUUACAUCAACCCUUCUACAAGUCAGCCUAACGUGUCUGGUCUGAUCCUCGCCGGUUCAGCUGAUUUCAAGACUGAGUUGAGUCAGUCAGAUAUGUUUGAUCCUCGGCUCGCUGCGAAGAUACUGAAUGUGGUGGAUGUGUCGUAUGGAGGAGAAAAUGGUUUCAACCAGGCUAUCGAGCUGUCAUCUGAAAUCUUGGCGAAUGUGAAAUUCAUUCAAGAGAAGCGUUUGAUAGGGAAGUACUUUGAGGAGAUAAGCCAGGACACGGGGAAGUAUGUGUUUGGCGUGGAAGACACGUUGAAUGCUUUGGAUUCAGGUGCUGUCGAGACACUAAUCGUGUGGGAGAAUCUUGAUAUCAACAGAUUUGUGAUGAAGAACAGUGCAACGGGUGAAACUGUGAUAAAACACUUGAACAAGGAACAGGAAGGCAACACGGAGAGUUUCAAAGCAGGCAAUAGCGAUUUGGAUGUGGAGGAGAAGAUGUCUUUACUGGAGUGGCUGGCUAACGAAUACAGGCGUUUUGGUUGUGCUUUGGAGUUUGUAACCAACAGAUCGCAAGAAGGGUCUCAGUUUUGCAGAGGGUUUGGAGGAAUUGGAGGGAUACUUCGCUACCAGCUUGAUAUGACUGCCUUUGAUUCCGAGGAUGGAGAAGUUUAUGAUGAUGAUUCUGAAUAGCAAUCAAUCAAAUCCUCACCAUCGCUGGUUCGGGAAGAUGGCACACCACCAAGCUUGAACCAGCCUGCGCGGGCUAUCGGGGUCACGCAGAAGAUAAUUCGAAAUUAAAUGAAGAAGCAUCUUUUUCAAAAGGUGUCGAAUGAAGAAACAGGUGAAGAAUGAAGAAGAGAGUUGGGAGAAUGAAGAAGUCUUUGCUAUAAUUUACCUUUGUUGUUUUUCUUAUUUCAGUAUCAUGAUACUCUCUGUCUGAGAGCAAACAGUGAUUUUUGUUUGGAUUGAUGAAUAAAGUUGGGACGACCAACACUUUG